AUUUUUUCUUCCAGCAUAAUAUUCAGACUUUAUCUCCUUUAUCUAUCUAUCUGCCUCUUCAAUACCAAUCCAAUCUGAUAACCAUAUCCAUUUUCUAGGGUUUCGCCUUAUGAAUGCUUGACGAUCAUGAAUCCUCUCGACGACACCAGCUGGAGGGAUCUGCUAGACUAUACCAACUUCAUCGACGACGCACCUACCUCCUCCGAUAUCUGCUGGGCUAACGACCAAAUUUCUGGUGCUGAAGUUGAUGCUUCAUUUAUUGAAGUGACACCACAAGAGGAACAAGGCACGGAAAGGAAUUGCCCAAGGAAGAGAGCAAGGGGUGAUUCAAGCAGCAAGGUGGGUACAAAAGCUUGCCGCGAGAGGUUGCGCAGAGAGAAAUUGAAUGAAAGAUUCUUAGAACUGAGUUCAAUUCUAGAGCCUGGGAGACCUCCCAAAACUGACAAGUUGUCAAUUCUUGGAGAUGCAAUCCGAGUGUUGGGCCAGCUGAAAGAAGAAUCAGAGGAAUACAAGGAGACUAAUCAAAAGCUCCAAGAGGAGAUAAAAACUUUAAAGUUGGAGAAAAAUGAAUUGCGUGAAGAAAAACAAGUACUUAAAGCAGACAGAGAAAUGAUAGAACAUCAGUUGAAAUCUGCAUCUGCUGGCCCUGCUGGGUUCAUGCAAGGUCACCCAGCUCCAUAUCAUUCUGGUCUUAACAAGAUGCCCAUUUACCCCAGUUACGGAUUUGUUCCAAUGUGGCAUUAUCUACCUCCAUCAACUGUUGAUAUAUCCCAAGAUAAACAUCUCAGGCCUCCUGCUGCUUAGAAAGACUACAGAUGGUAUUGUGGAAAAAAAGGCCAACUCUCAUAAGGAAUAGAGUACAUUCCCAUUCAACUGUAAAUAUGAUUGUCACUGUAGUUGGUAACAGGUCCUGGUUUAUAGUCAUUUAAAUGGCAGUAACUAGAUUAAUGUACCAGCAAGAUAUUAAGUUGGGUUGAAUGUAUGUCCAUGUCAUUUUUUUUAUAUCAUAACUUUUACCUAGUUUUUUUAAUAUAAUAAAGAGUUUGGAUACAGAAUGU